CUUGGCGCCACCUACAGGACCUGUAAGCAGGAUCUGCUUCAUCAGAACACAUUGUGUCAACACCGGUGACGGAUCAAGGUCCGAGCACGGAGAUAGUCAGUUAGUAUUUUUCCCCAAAACAAGAGGAGCUUUCUGCUGUACUAUCAGUCUGGUUGUUUCCUUCAGUGCACAGCAAACGACCUGAAGGAUCUCCAUCCGUUGACUGAACCAGACCAGCAGCUGAAGUUUGUGCAGAGAGGCGCGGUGAUCUGCGGCAGCUGCAAACAAUGAUCCUCAACACUGCGCUUUGCUCCAGAUCUCUGCGCAACAACUUUGUUUUUUCCAGAACUGUAGAUGUUUUGCGGAGACCAAGGACACGUCAUCCAUUGGUAUUAGCUGCAGCAAGUCGUGGCAUUCAUGUGGACUAUCCGCCCAUCAUCCCAACUCUAACUACCAGCUAUGCCCACGGCACCUCUUCCUCAACUUUGCUCCACACCACAGUAGGAGAGACCCUGCUGAAGACUGUUGAGCGAUGGCCUGACCGAGAGGCCAUGGCCUUUCUACAUGACGGAGUCCGCAAGACGUUUGCACAGUUUCAGCAAGAUGUGGAUCAGGCUGCAGCCGGGCUGCUGGCACUUGGACUGCAGAGAGGAGACCGGCUCGGCAUGUGGGGACCCAACUCUUAUGAAUGGAUCCUGAUGCAGUUUGCAACAGCCAAAGCUGGCAUUAUAUUGGUGUCUGUGAACCCAGCGUACCAGCUGCAGGAGGUGGAGUUUGCACUGCAGAAGGUUGGGUGUACAGCUAUAGUGUGCCCUUCGCAGUUUAAGACUCAGAAGUACUGUGACAUGCUGAGAAAGAUAUGUCCAGAGAUCGAGUCAUCCACCCCAGGAAACAUCAAGAGUGCCAGACUCCCAGAUCUCCGCUCUGUGAUCGUUCUGGACAGCCGUCAGCCAGGAAUGCACCAUUUUGAAGACGUGAUGCAGGCGGGCAGCAGCCAGUACAUGCAGCAGCUUCAGGAUCUGCAAAAGAAGCUCUCAUUUGAUGACCCCAUAAACAUCCAGUUCACUUCGGGCACAACUGGGGCUCCAAAGGGCGCCACAUUAUCUCAUCACAACAUCGUCAACGAUGCCUACUUUGUUGGCCAACGAGUGGGAUACACCUGGAGGCCUCACACUCGUGUCUGUCUGCCUGUGCCUUUGUACCACUGCUUCGGCUCUGUGGGUGGUGGGUUGUGCAUGGCCGUGCAUGGCCUCUCCCUGGUCUUUCCCUCUCCUGGGUAUGAUGGAAAAGCCAACUUGGCAGCUAUGGAGAGUGAAAGGUGCACCUUCAUCUACGGUACCCCCACCAUGUACGUUGAUAUGAUCAGCCAGCCGGAUUUUCAUAAAUAUGACUUGUCGUCAGUGGAGGCAGGCAUCAUGGCGGGUUCCCCUUGUCCUCCAGAGCUUGUGAAGAAGGUUGUUUCUAUAAUGGGCAUCAAGGGAAUAACACUUGGAUAUGGCACCACGGAGAACAGCCCUGUGACAUUCUGUGCUUCACCGGAAGACAACAUAGAGAGGAAGUCCGAGACAGUCGGGUACAUCAUCGACCACUUAGAGGCUAAAAUUGUGGACCCUACAACCAGAGAGCUCGUACCUCUGGGAUCGUCGGGGGAGAUUAUGAUCAGAGGCUUCUGUGUGAUGUUGGAGUACUGGGGCGACAAAGCAAAAACCGAGGAGGUCAUCUCUAAAGACGGCUGGUACAAAACUGGAGACAUUGGAAGCAUGGAUGCAUACAGCUACUGCAAAAUCGAGGGCAGAAUUAAAGACAUGAUCAUCAGAGGAGGAGAGAACAUUUACCCGGCUGAGAUUGAACAGUUCCUGCACACGCACCCAAAAGUGAAGGAGGCACAGGUGGUUGGAGUGGAUGAUCACCGUAUGGGUGAAGAGGUUUGUGCCUGUAUCAAACUGAUAGAUGGACAAGACUGCACUGAAGAAGAAAUCAAAGCUUACUGCAAGGGACAGAUCGCCCACUUCAAGAUUCCUCGCUACGUACUUUUUGUAACCAGCUACCCACUCACUAUUACUGGAAAGAUCCAGAAGCAAAAACUAAAAGUGGAGGCUGAGGAGCAACUGGGACUGAAGAAAGGAAAAUGACAGGCCAUAACUCAUCCUGUAUAUGGAGGGAGAUUAAUUACUCCAUGUUGUAUCCCACAAACACCAGUUGGGAUUACAAACCCGUCCAUCAGUACAUUUUAGAACCUCUUUUUUUUAAAAAUGUAUUAAAGAUAGCCCUGUGCCUUCUUUAGACGUGAUAGAUGUGUAUAAAGCCAUGUUUUGAGCCAAAUGAUUGUGUAUCUUCCUGUAACCAGCUGUUAACAGAUUAUAGUCAUUUUCUACAUUUUUCUUACGAUCAACGAAUCAAAUGAAAAGACCAAAAAAAACAAUGAAUUCUAUUAAUAAGUACUGUGUGUGUAUCUGAAACGCAUAAGAAUGACACUGUUGUACUGUUCCUUUAUCACUAUAAACACAUGCUGUGGUUUAUUUUAAGUCAAUAACACAUGUACUGAUCCGCUGCUGUAAAUACACACCGGAGCACCAAAUGUGUAUCGAUCCGCAGCUGAAAAUAGUUCCUAACAAAUGCACUAUUUACACCUGUUUGACUAACAUUUACUGCAAACCACAGUGCCCAGCUGUUUGAGGAAAUUACUGAGCCUUUUUAAAAAAUUAAACAAUAUAUUUUUAUAUAUAUAUUUGUAAUCAGUUUUUUAAGAUUCACAUCUUCAUUAGGAACCGAUGGGCUGUGGGCCGAGAGCCACACACGGAGCAGGGAAGUCAGAAAGUAUUCAGAGAGACCAACACAUUGUUUAUUCAGGGCCCUGUUCUUCGUACGUGGAUAACCGAGUUAUAAAGAUUAAAAUCCUAGCAAUUCAA